AUGCUGGACCGAGGCGGCUUGGACCCGAACUCCCAAAAAACUCACUAUACAAUUGAUACCAGCCAAAGGAAGAGAAUAAAAACUGAUGAGUCGUGUCCAUUCUUCUCCCACACUGGUGAAGACAUUGAUCUCACUCGUCAUAGGUACCGCUUGUAUGAAAAGAUCUGGACCCACCAGCUUGGGGCGAUUCAGAAGAUUUUGAAUUCUGCCAACGAUAGAUUCUUUGCUGACCUUAUUAGUUUCAUUAUCGAUCCGCUUCCACAGAAGCUAGCCACCGCGUUUUUGGCACUCAGUUCAAAUACAGCCAACAACCUUCGUACGCUAGACGAGUUCACGGGCCAUUUGUUUCACAAUGGAAAGAACCAGCAUGUUAGAUUAGUCACCCUUGACUCGAGAGAGUGUGUUCAUAUAAAAGCUGCUAUGAGAGAGGUUGUCAAGCAAGUUCUUGAACCUAAACAGCGUCUACAAGAAGAGCCAUUGGCAGCCUUCGAUGAGGAUCAAGAGCCGGAACCAGAGGCUUCUCCAGAGCACGAAGAAGAAGCAGAUGGAAUCGACGGUGAUGGGUAUGAGGGUAGGAUUUCCUACGACUUUGAGAUCGUAGAGGAUUGGGUCGACUCGUACGUCAAGAAGCACAAUUGUGCUGACCAGCUACGUAUAGUUGUUGUGCUACAAGACAGUGACGCGUUUUCAAACGAGGUGCUUAACCAGAUCGUUCAUCUACUAAGUGUCUACUCCGAGCUGAUCCCAAUCAAACUCGUAAUGGCUCUAAGUUCAAAAGGUAUCAGUGACUGGAUCAACAACAACUUCACGAGUAGAGCGAGAACGCUCAUCGAUGCAACUAAGCUACAAGCCAGAAACAAUAAAGAUAUCUGUUUCCAAGUUAUUGAUGACACUUUGCUACGAAACGAAAUUACUGCAGAAAACCCUGUGUUGCUAGAUGCUCAACUUUCUCUGAUUGUGUUGAAUCGUUUCGAAAACUCCAACAAUUCCAUUGAUGCGCUCAUCACUGAGUUUAAACUUACCUACAUGAUACACUUUUACCAGCUGCCUUUAUCCCUCUUGGUGGACCAUGACUUUGUCCCACAGGAGUUCCAUUUUGAUGCACUUCGAAAACUUCCUUCCUUCAAGACACAUAUCGAAUUCCUUCUACACAGCUACCAUAAUUUCAAGAAACAAAAAGAUGAUGAUGGGGCAGAAGAAAUGAUGAAAAAGAUCAAAGAGUUAUUGAAUGAUGAUGGAGCAAUCUACGAACUUUUCCAGAAUGCUAAGAUGCAACUUCAAAAAUAUCAAAACUCUGUCAUGAAUGCCAUCCACAUUAUUCAUUUUCUCAGUGAUGGAGAGAAGCAAAAGUUUCAACUUUAUAAGCUUGUAACCAACAAUCAGCUUAUUAACUCCUCAUACUUGAGCGAUGUCUUAAAGAAGGUUAGAGCUUUUGACGAUGGCCAAGUGGAACGAGUAUCAAAAUUCUUGCAAAGUGAUACGAUAAAGUUGACGCUUGACGAUGUUGACGAUGAAGAUACUCUUGGCUUUAAACGUGCCUUGAGCAAACCUGGGGUCACUUCUGAUCAAUUACUCAAAUCGUUAACUAUAUAUCUACACGACAAUCCAGCAUUAAACAUGAAGAUCAGUGACAACUUAUUCAAUGAAGUCUUGACGAUUACAGGAGGAAUUAGCGAGAUCGAUAAGGUACGUCCUCGAGCAUCAAUUGAAGAAAGUUAUGAGAAUCUCAUGAUCAAACUCAUAAGGCCACGGCUGAAGGAAAUCAUAGAAGAAGCUUUAGACGAGCCACAACAUUUCUUGAAAAAUGAAUUGAUUGCUAAUGAAGUAGGAUCAAACUACAAAUCGUCCAAGGUUCUAGGACCAUUGGUAACAAAAUUGUAUCAUGUCUACAAGGAUGCUCCAGUGAAUAUAAAUAUGUGGGACUUUUUCAUUGCAUUCAAGCUGUCAAUGUCAAGGAGAGAUUUGUUGGCGGAGAUCAACCAGCAAAUAGCGAGUUACGAUGGAGAGUUAGGUGAUCGAAUGAAAGAAAUCCUCAAGCAAAGCUCAGAAGACGAUGCAAAGUGGGAGAGACUUUUGUACGCGUGGUUCAUUCAAAGCAGCUCGGAGCUUUCCGCUAUGGGAUUCCUCAGGGAGAAGUCCAAGGGAGACUACGUGGAGAAGUUGAUUUGGAAGAACUUGUAA